CUGGCGCUCUCGGGACGUCAUGCUCCUGCCUCGAAACAGACAGCAGGAGCCACGAGGACGCGAGGGUCUUUGAGGAGUUCACAGGCUCCGUCCCACCUGCCCCUUUUUCCUGUGGCCUCGAGGGGCCGGGACCCUCUGCAGGCCGGAUGCGAGAGGGUGCCUUCCACUCAAGUAGUCACGGAUCUGUUUCAGUCAGGAGAGGCUCAGCGUGAGGGCUCUGCAGCCUUUUCUAAGACAGAAACAUGCCUGCCUUUGCCUCGUCGCCCAUGAGGAGGGGAGCCUGUCGGCCCGCCGCAGAGCAGGGUUUCAGCAGGGGCUUUUCCAGUGUUAGCAGCUCUGUCUUCUGACUCUUGAGGCCGUUCUGGGGCUGGGCUUCCUGGGAGCUGCAGGGCAGCGAGCCCUGGAAGUUGGCUCCGCGUUUGUUCUAACGUGGUGGCAGCAGUGAUGCGUGACAAGCUGCGAGAGUGCUUUUUCCCCGCACAUUCUGCAAGCUGUCACUUUGUGGCCGCCAUGCCAUGGGGAAUCUGGGUUGCUACGAGGUGGGCUCGUGUGGGUGGUGCCCAGUGGGUGUCAUUUUAUCUUCCCUGGCUCAGGGUUAGUCUUUCCCAUUUGGUAUGUGGCCCUGUCCUCAAGCUCUGAGGAUGUUGUUGGCUCCAAGGAGAGUCAUUGAGAAAUGUUAAUAAGAUGCCCCAGAGGACUUCCUCUUACCGCUGCCACCACGGUGCCAGGUUUCCUGGAAAUGCCACAAAGCAGCACCUCAGCCUCGGCUACAGCCUCCUCUCGGCGGGCUUAACCGUCGUCUCCUAGAGCUGACAGUUCCCGGUGGGGCUGCACCAGACCUGCCAGGCCUGGAGCCCCCGUGCCAGCUUGCACUGUCCUGAGCUGCUCUGUCAUCCCUGUCACAAGGAGCACAGGAACCGCAGCCCCCGACCUGCCAGGUGCCGGCCAAGGCUGCCCCCAGCCUGGUGGAGGUGGGGGCCGAGGCAGCCAGGGCACGAGUCUGGGGUCCCCUGAGACCCUUCACCCAGCAAUCCCACAGAGGCUGAGGGAGGCCCUUGCCUGGCAGAGGCCCAUUCUCGGGGAGGGCCGGCCUGGGACUCUGAGUGAACAGCUCUGCUACUUCUGGCCUCGAUUUCCUCGGCGUCAAAAUGAGUGUCUGCUUCUGACGCUGCGGUCCCUCCCAGUCCACAUAAAUGAGUCUGUGACCCUGAGUGGGAGUCGUCCGUGAGGCCGCUGCGCCACAGAGCAAGGGACUUAGCGUUUCCUUUGAGCCACAUGGUGCCUGGAGGUACCGGAAGUUCUCCCCCUCCGCCGGGUCCCCCCCAACUCGCUGGGAUGGGGGGAGGUGCUCUCUCUCCUCCGGCUGCGGCCCUGGUCACAGGCAGUGGGGCCGGGCAGCUCCUGCCAAGGGGCCCUUGCCACCUUGGCAGGGCAGGUACCGAGCUCUGCCCACCACCAACCGCCGCGGAGUGGCCCAUGUGCAUGGGGCUGGUCGGUGAGCCAAGUGGCGCUGCCACCACUCUGGCCCCAGGAGAGCUGGUGGGCUCAGCCCCGGGGAGCGCUCACCAAUCAGGAGGCCGCCUGGCCGUAGCCCCACCCUCCGAGGACGGGGCAGGUGUGGGGCGUGGCUUCUGAUCGCGAUCUAGAAGGCAGGGCAGGCUGGGGGGCCCUGGAGGAGGAGGGAGCUGACAGCCCUCAUGGCAAGGCUGGCAUCUUGGGAGAGCUCUCCUUCUGCCGUGUCCUCUCGGCCAUUUUCAGUGCCCAGCUGGGUGGUGCCGAUUCAGCAUUUGUUGACAUCCUCCCUUUACAAGUGGGGAAACUGGACCUUAAAGUUUGUGACUUGGCCUGGCCUCCAGGAGGGAGGUGGGGAGAGCCGUUUGGAGCCAGGCCCGGGUGCUCGUCUGACUGGGGGGAACAAAGGCAGCUGAGGGCCCUUCCCGGAGGGGCUGGGAGCCUUAGGGUCCUUCCAGGGGGAAUGAUGCGGGCGUUUGGCGCUUCUGACCACCGGAGUAGAUGUGGGAGCCACUACUCCUGGAUCUCAGGGUUGUUGCCCCGGGCCGGGGCCUGUCACGGCUCCAGACGCUGCCAGCAUCAGGGAGCGGGGGUAGGAGAUGAAGCUGACCCAGCCCAGGAGGCCACCACCGCCUCCUUGCCAGCCUGUGCUUGCCACCCUUGCAGGAGUGACCCCACGGCACGUUUCCCUAACCUCCUGGCUCCCUCAGCCCCAGCCCCGUGGGAAUGGACAGGAAACCCUAACGCUGCCGCUUCGGGGGCGUCCUCUUCAAGGACUCUGCUGAGUCUGACCUCGUGUUUGGUUGGGGGGUUGUUUAUUUUAUUUAGAAAACAUUUUUUUCUUUUUAAGGAAGAAAGUGAAGUGCUGCGGGCUGGGAAGAAUGCUGUGGCCAUCCCAUGCAGCCUUCGAGGGAGGGGGGAUCUGGCCCCGAGGCAGCCUUGAGCCCAGCUCCCCGCCGCUCCCUGGGCCCAGCCUGCAUGCAGCCGCAGGAGGGGAGAGGGCCUGCCGCUGGCCCGGUGCCCCCAAGAAGAGCCGGCUCUGGCUGUCUCGCGGGCAGGCCCUCCGAGAGCCUUUCCCCUUCCCUGGCCUUUGCGUGCUGGCUGGUCCCCUGCGGGGCUUCCCAGUGACUCCUGCAGGGGCCAGGCCUGGCUGCGGUGGGGUCAUCCGUGACAGGCUGCAGUCCCUCUGCUUGUCGUCUGCAUCUGCCUGUCUGGACAGUCCACCUGACCACGCCUGACGACCUUCUGAUCAGCCACUUCCGUGGAAGAUGAACAUUUUGUGAUAUUUCGUCCCUCUGUCUUGCUUUUUGUCAUCCCUUUCCAUGGACCAUGAUGUCCCGAAACAGAGGAGUGGGGUGUGGACACAGAGAGCCAAGAGCUGCACCAGGGGUGGCGAGGGCCCAGCGUUCCUGUCCCCUCCUAGGAGAAAGCUGGCUUCUGCAGCGUUCCCAGGCUCCGCUCCCCUAACUCCCGCCUGCCGGGUCUCGUGGCCCCACUGAGCCUUCGCCUCCUUGCCCUGGGUGCUCCCCAGGGCACUCCACCCAGCACACCCCCUGGGCCGUUUUCCCUGUCCAAACAGGAGGCCCAAGUUGUCCCUGGCAGAGCUGGGUGCCCGUCUAGUCUGAAGGCCCAGGGCAGGAGCUGCAUCUUUCUCGGCAUCAGAUGUGUCAGCUCCUGACGUGUGUGAAGCACGUGGGGGACUUGAGAUCUGGUCUCACCUCCUGAGGCCCUGUGAGUCCCACAGAGCCAGGGAGGCGUGUCCUGGACGGUGGCUGGUGGACGUGAGCAAGGGUGUGGCCCCCAGGAGGGGCAGGUGUGCCAGCGUGCCCGAGGGCCACAUCCCGGCCUUGGGGUCCCUGCAUCUGUGGAGGGUGUCCUCGCUCUCCCAGAGGGAACCGGCUCGGAAGUGGCAGCACAGGGUCCUCAGGAUGGGACUCUUCCCCUCUUGGUUGGAGUCACAGGAUGGGGACAUAGGAGGGCUGUCCUCCUUCCUGUUGGAGGCAGUUUCCAGGAGGUCUCGGCCUCUCCGAGCAGCUGGGGUGGGGAGGCAGGGGAGGGGUCGCAGCUCCAGGACUGUGCUCUCCGGUGUUGCCUUGUGUGGCUCCACCGUGGGCUCGGGCCCCGGAGGGUCAGGGCCCAGGCCUGCACCCCAACUUUCUCAGAAGAGUGCUGAGCAGAGGGGGCAGGAGGCCCCCAGGCUCGGCAGGGUUUGCUGGUCCCGGGCCCUGCCUGGAGCCUGCUCUCCUCUCCCUCUCUGAUGGGGCCUGAGCCUCCAAACCACCCACUGGCCUUGUGAACCCUUCUUCUGUCUGUCCACCGCUCCCCCCCAGCCCGAGCCUGCUCCCACCCCACCCUGUUUCUCCCCCGACCCCCCCGGCCCAGUGUUGUCAGACACCUGGGCUCCCUCCGUGGGUGCCUCCAGUGCAGUCUGGCUGCUCACCUGCCACCCUGACCUGAGCCUCCCUGCUGCUCAGUGGUUCAUCCAGGCUUUCUAGUGGUUCAUCCAUCCUGCCUCUCCCACAUCCACCCACCUGGCCUGGGCUUUGCCACCUGUUGAUAGCCUGUUUGCGUUUGAGGACCCAGUGACAUUCCACCUUCCCCAGCAGCCUCUCCCGGGGGCCCAGAACACUCUCUCCUUCCUGGGUCUCUUGCAACUGACCGGGCCCCGCUCAGGCUUGGCCUCGUGAGGGCUAAUGUCCUGGACUCACAGGUGCUAGUCUGGUGCCCUGGGAGGGCUCCUGGAGGGCAGGGCACCUGAUGCCUUUCACUGGUGAUGCGCAGCAGGCCCUGGUGACCAGGCCCCUGUGCGGGGCUCCAAGAGCUGGGCGCGCAGAGUCCCCUCCGUCAGCGGCCCGCUGGUGGCCCCGCGUGUCCUGAGGCUGUGCGAGCAUCGCGUCGGCUCAGGUGUGACUGCCCAGCAUGGCCCUCAGUACAGGCAGCGAAAGGCACUCAGGAACCUGGGCCAGUUAGGCCAGAUGUGACCACAGCUGGUUGGCAGCUGGGACUGCGGGUGGCCCAGGAGAGAAGAGGGGACAGCGAGGUGUGAUGGAGGCAUUAAGCGUGGCCAGGUGUGACUUUCCCAGACAGCAGCACUCAGUGUUGUGGGUGAGGUGACUGGGGGCGGGGAGUGUGGGCUUGGGCCUCUGUCGUCGCGACGGCCCUCUCCCCCCAGACGACCAAGGGCGGGGGUUUCGCUUUAGGGACCAGGGACACAGGAACUGAGGCUUGCCUUUUUUUUUUUUUAAAUAUUGAGAUAUAAUUCAUCGAACAUUCAUCCUGUAAAAGUAUACAGUUGAGUGGAUUUUAGUGCAUUUACCGUGUUGUGCAGCCCUCAGCACUGCCUGAUUCCAGAACGCCUCCCUCGCUUCAGAAAGAAACCUCACACCCAUCAGCCGUUAUUCGCCUUUCCUUCUCCAGCCUCUGACACCCACCAGCGUGCUGCGUCUGUAGCUCUGUCUGUGCUGGACAUGUGACAUAAAUGGAAUCGUGUAAUACGUGGCCUUUGCUGCCCGUCUUGCUCACGUAGCGGCACGCGCCCAGGUCCCCCCGCACCACGCCGUUCGCAUGCAUCAGCGCCUCGCUCUGCUUCCUAGCCAGGCAUCUCCCAGGGUCAGGAUGGACUGCAUUUUCCUGAUCCAUCAUUGGCUGAUGGCAUCCGCAGCGUCAUGCAGAAGUACCUGGAGGACCGGGGCGAGGUGACUUUCGAGAAGAUCUUCUCCCAGAAGCUGGGGUACCUGCUUUUCCGAGACUUCUGUCUGAAGCACCUGGAGGAGGCCAAGCCCUUGGUGGAAUUCUACGAGGAGAUCAAGAGAUAUGAGAAGCUGGAGACAGAGGAGGAGCGCCUGGCCUGCAGCCGGGGGAUCUUCGACACCUACAUCAUGAAGGAGCUGCUGGCCUGCUCGCACCCCUUUUCAACAAGUGCCAUCGAGCACGUGCAGGGCCAUCUGGUGAAGAAGCAGGUGCCUCCGGAUCUCUUCCAGCCGUACAUUGAAGAGAUUUGCCAGAACCUUCGAGGAGACGUGUUCCAGAAAUUCAUCGAGAGCGAUAAGUUCACCCGGUUUUGCCAGUGGAAGAAUGUGGAGCUCAACAUCCACCUGACCAUGAACGACUUCAGCGUCCACCGCAUCAUCGGGCGAGGGGGCUUCGGUGAGGUCUACGGGUGCCGCAAGGCCGACACGGGCAAGAUGUACGCCAUGAAGUGUCUGGACAAGAAGCGCAUCAAGAUGAAGCAGGGGGAGACGCUGGCCCUGAACGAGCGCAUCAUGCUGUCCCUCGUCAGCACCGGGGACUGUCCGUUCAUCGUCUGCAUGUCCUACGCGUUCCACACGCCGGACAAGCUCAGCUUCAUCCUCGAUCUCAUGAACGGCGGGGACCUGCACUACCACCUGUCCCAGCACGGGGUCUUCUCCGAGGCCGACAUGCGCUUCUACGCGGCCGAGAUCAUCCUGGGCCUGGAGCACAUGCACAACCGCUUCGUCGUCUACCGGGACCUGAAGCCGGCCAACAUCCUCCUGGACGAGCACGGCCACGUGCGCAUCUCAGACCUAGGCCUGGCCUGCGACUUCUCCAAGAAGAAGCCCCACGCCAGCGUGGGCACCCAUGGGUACAUGGCCCCCGAGGUCCUGCAGAAGGGCGUGGCCUACGACAGCAGCGCCGACUGGUUCUCCCUGGGCUGCAUGCUCUUCAAGCUGCUGCGAGGGCACAGCCCUUUCCGGCAGCACAAGACCAAAGACAAGCAUGAGAUCGACAGAAUGACAUUGACUAUGGCUGUGGAGCUGCCGGACUCCUUCUCCCCCGAGCUCCGCUCCUUGCUGGAGGGGCUGCUGCAGAGGGACGUCAACCGGAGACUCGGCUGCCUGGGCCGAGGGGCCCAGGAGGUGAAGGAGAGCCCCUUCUUCCGUUCCCUGGACUGGCAGAUGGUCUUCCUGCAGAAGUACCCUCCCCCGCUGAUCCCCCCUCGGGGGGAGGUGAACGCGGCCGACGCCUUCGACAUCGGCUCCUUCGAUGAGGAGGACACCAGAGGAAUCAAGUUACUGGACAGCGACCAGGAGCUCUACCGCAACUUCCCCCUGACCAUCUCGGAGCGGUGGCAGCAGGAGGUGGCAGAGACGGUCUUCGACACCAUCAACGCCGAGACGGACCGGCUGGAGGCCCGCAAGAAAACCAAAAACAAGCAGCUGGGCCACGAGGAAGACUACGCCCUGGGCAAGGACUGCAUCAUGCACGGCUAUAUGUCCAAGAUGGGCAACCCCUUCCUGACCCAGUGGCAGCGGCGGUACUUCUACCUGUUCCCCAACCGGCUCGAGUGGCGGGGCGAGGGCGAGGCCCCGCAGAGCCUGCUGACCAUGGAGGAGAUCCAGUCGGUGGAGGAGACGCAGAUCAAGGAGCGGAAGUGCCUCCUUCUCAAGAUCCGAGGUGGCAAGCAGUUCGUCCUGCAGUGCGACAGUGACCCCGAGCUGGUGCAGUGGAAGAAGGAGCUGCGCGACGCCUACCGCGAGGCCCAGCAGCUGGUGCAGCGGGUGCCCAAGAUGAAGAACAAGCCGCGCUCGCCCGUCGUGGAGCUGAGCAAGGUGCCGCUGGUGCAGCGUGGCAGCGCCAACGGCCUCUGACCCGCUGUCCGCCUGCCCGCCCGCCCGGCCGCCCUCCUGCCCGCCUUUUAUAAACCUCUAAUUUAUUUUGUUGAAUUUUUAUUAUUUGUUUUUCCCGCCAAGCGGAAAAGGUUUUAUUUUGUAAUUAUUGUGAUUUCCUGUGGCCCCAGCCUGGCCUAGCCCCCAGGGAGGGGCCUGCUUGCCUUGGCUCCCGCUGCCACCCGUCCAGCCACCCUCCGCCCUGUCCUCCGGGGCCACCCCCCUCCUGACGUCUUCCCGCGCAGGGAGAGCGGCAGCCCCAGUGGCCCUCCCGCCCCUUCCCCAGGGACGGUGCCAGGUGGAGCUGGGCCACCCCCAGCCCUGUGCCUACAGCACAGCUGGGCGGCCCCAGCGUCUCCCACCCCAGGGGAGGCCGCGGCACAGGGUUACUACUUGAAUUUUCCCUCCGCGGCCCCUCAUGUGACAGGGACACAGCCCUGCAUUGGCCUGCCCUCUGGUCAGUUGGCAGACGAGGGGGCCAUUGUCUCCCUGACCCCAGGGCCUCCCACGUGACUUGGGCUCCUGCACCCUCUUUGGGGAAGAGCCCCCGUGUCACCGGCCGCCUCCAUUCCUGCCUGCCCUGGACACUGGGGCUUGGCUGGGGGGGCACUGGUGGUGGCUGCUGCCGCCCUCACUGCAGCCCCCUCUCCUUCCGACCCCAAGCGCCCAGGCUCAGGGACCACAGAAAGGCACCUGCGGGUUGUGCUGCGCUGGCCUGGCCUGGCCUGGCCCCGAGCCCCCUUUCCCCAGGCCGGGCAUGGCCUCUUCUGCCCAGGACCACAGGGGGCCAGCCUGGGCUGGCUGGGCAGCACAUGAGAGGGGGCCGGGGGGACAGCCUUCCCCACCCCAGGCCGCUCAGUGUGCCACGCCGGCGGUCCAGCCCCACAGCCCCACGUCCCGUCAGUGCCACCGCCCCCCCAGGGCGCCACCCCGCCCACAGCAUGCCCCCUCGUGCCAGUCGCGCUGCCGUGUGGUGUCGCGCCCUCUCCCCCGGGGCUGGGUCAGCGCGCCCUCCCCUCCUGUCUACUCACUCCCGGGGCGUUUCUUUGCCGAUUUUUGAAUGUGAUUUUAAAGAGUGGAAGAGGAUACUAUGCGUUUUUAUAAAAAAUGGUGCCUGAC